GCCGAGGCCAGGAAGCGGACCCAGGCCGCCCGGGUCCUAGCCGUCGGGCCGCCAUGGACGAGGCUGACCGACGGCUCCUCCGGCGGUGCCGGGUGCGGCUGGUCGGCGAGCUGCAGGUGGCCUCGCUCUGGGACGCUCUCCUGACCCGCCAGCUCUUCACGCCCGCGAUGAUCGAGGACAUUCAGCACGCAGGCUCAGGCUCUCGCAGCGAUCAGGCCAGGCAGCUUGUCAUAGAUCUGGAGACCCGCGGGAGCCAGGCCCUUCCUUUGUUCAUCUCCUGCUUAGAGGACACGGGCCAGGAUGCGCUGGCUUCGUUACUGAGGACGAGUCGGCAAGCAGAGAAGCGGAACCCACAGGCCGUCAGGCCCCUGGACCUCCUGCCUGUGGUGGUCGGACCAACGGGCCUCAAACCAGAGGAGCUUGGAGGAAGGCAGGACCCGUCAAAGGCCACUCCGGGGAAACUCACUCCAGUGGUGCUGGGGCCCGAGGAGCUCUGGCCAGCCCAGCUCCGGCCCGAGGUUCUCAGACCAGCGGUGCCUAGGCCGGUGGACAUUGGUUCUGGAUCAGUCGGUGAUACCAGCACUCAGGAAGUUUCAAAGCGCAAUGCCGACUUGGCGUACGUCCUGAACGCGGACCCCUGCGGCCACUGCCUCAUCAUCAACAACGUGAACUUCUGCCUCAAGUCCAGGCUCAAGACCCGUGGCGGCUCCAACAUCGACUGUGAGAAGUUGCAGCGGCGCUUCUCCUUGCUGCGAUUCAUGGUGGAGGUGAAGCACGACCAGACGGCCACGCAAAUGGUCGAGGCGUUGGUGGAGCUGGCGCAGCAGGACCACGGUGCCCUGGACUGCUGCGUGGUGGUCAUCCUCUCUCACGGCUGCCAGGCCAGCCACCGCCAGUUCCCAGGGGCUGUUUAUGGCACAGAUGGGUGUCCUGUGUCCAUCGAGAAAAUUGUGAACAUCUUCAAUGGAACCGGCUGCCCCAGCCUGAGAGGGAAGCCCAAGCUCUUCUUCAUCCAGGCCUGUGGUGGGGAGCAGAAAGACCAUGGGUUUGAGGUGGCCUCCACGUCCCCCGAAGACAGGACCCCUGGCAGUGACCCCGAGCCAGACGCUGUCCCGUUCCAGGAAGGCCCGGGCACCUUUGAUCAGCUGGACGCCGUGUCUAGUUUGCCCACGCCCAGCGACAUCUUUGUAUCCUACUCCACCUUCCCAGGUUUUGUUUCCUGGAGGGACACCAGGAGCGGCUCCUGGUACGUGGAGAUCCUGGACGGGGUUUUUGAGCAGUGGGCUCACUCUGAAGACCUGCAGACCCUCCUGGUCAGGGUCGCCGAUGCAGUUUCGCAGAAAGGGAUUUACAAGCAGAUUCCUGGUUGUUUCAACUUCCUCCGGAAAAAAUUUUUCUUUAAAAUGUAACGAGGCCAGGGCCCCUGCACCCUUCGCCCCAGAACCUUCCUGCCCCGGGCCCAGCGGCAGCGGAGGCCUGGUCUUUGCUACAGUGAUGGCUGUCGCUCUGCAAAGGGGUUUGUGGCCCGUACUGGGUCUGCUCGUUUGUUGCUCACGAGCGGCGGACAGGCUCUUAGCAACUUCCAAGUUGGAGACAGAUGACCGGCAACAGAGGAAGAGGAGCAGAAGAAAAGCAAGGACACCGCAGGGCAGUUCCCCGGCUGGUGGCUGUGGCCCACGGCCCCUGUGUUUUCUGUAGAGUAAGGCUCUUUAACCUCAGCCUGAUUGACAUUUGGGGCCCGAUGUCGUGGGUCCCCUGGCCUCUACCCUCCAGGUGCCAGGACACCUUCCCCUGCGUCGUGACAACCAAAUAUGUCUCCAGACGUCGCCAGGUGGGACCACUGAUCUGUAGGAGACUUUGGUUACAAGCAAACAAGCAUCCCUCUUAGAUCAGCACGUUGGAGGCUCCUAGAGUCUAAAUAGCUAGAGUCUGCAAAUCCUAAAUGGAGUUUUAAAAAUGAUCAGGUUUUCUUAUAUUCUAGUAUUAAAAAAAAUCUUAGGUGAAUACGGACACUUUU